AGCAAACCCAGUUGGCGGUCGGAUUUUCCCACAACCCAGCUCCGUCUCUUUCUCCCUGUUCCAAUCCCGCCAUAGAUUUACACUAACAAUCUCUGCUAGUUCUAACACUUUGGGUGAAGAAUUCUCUGUAAUUUUGGGGAAAGCAAGCGUCUUUAUCACGAGCACGGGAGUGAUUUAACAUUAGUUAAGGCGUAGUUAAGUUCCUGUCUGGGUAAUUAUGGCGGCGAGCGCGAACCCUUCGGGAAGCAAUCAAGAGGGUUCGUCGGCGGCGGUAGACAAGGUUUCGGCUUCUUCGGCGGCGGCAACGAAUGGAGCUGCUGUGAAUUCGACCAAUAAUGGAGGAAAAUCAGGCGGUGGAGCUGCGGCAGUGGAUAAUUCUCCGACGAUUACGGCUUUAAGGCAUAAUCCAGGAAUCUCUGUCGAUUGGUCUCCGGAAGAGCAGUCUCUGUUGGAGGAUUUGCUGGCAAAGUACGCGUCAGAAUCUACCAUCGUUCGUUGCGCUAAGAUUGCGAUGCAGUUGAAGGACAAAACGGUCAGGGAUGUGGCCCUGCGUUGUAGAUGGAUGACCAAAAAGGAGAAUGGAAAGCGUAGGAAAGAUGAUCAUUCGUCAAGGAAAAGCAAAGAUAGAAAGGAAAAAGCCACGGAUUCUUCAGCAAAGUCUUCGUCUCAUUUGAACGCUAACCCUAAUGGACCUUCUUCCUAUGCUCCUCCUAUGAUGCCUGUGGACACUGAUGAUGGUAUUUCUUACCAAGCUAUCGGUGGCGCGGCUGGAGAGCUUCUUGAGCAAAAUUCGCAGAUGUUUAGUCAAAUUUCCGUAAAUUUCUCGUCUUUCCAGAUGCACGAGAACGUCAAUCUCUUCUGCAAAACCCGGGACAACAUUCUCGCAAUCUUGAACGAUUUAAACGACAUGCCCGAGGUAAUGAAGCAGAUGCCUCCUCUUCCGGUGAAGGUGAACGAAGAGCUCGCGAACUCGAUCCUUCCCCUCCGCCCGCCUCAUCAAAUGCAGUCAUGAUCUUAUACAAGCAGUAAGCUCAUCAAUGGUUUCUCCCGGUACACUUCUCUAAAUCCGAGAUCGAAUCGAAUUCCAGCGAAAAAAAGAGCGAAUAAAUCGCGGGCUACUUAAUAACAAGAAGCUCCAACGUGAUGAUUUGUCGAACGCCCCCGACCCUUUAGAGUAGUUUGUUCUCAGCUCAUCAUUUCCGGGUUUCGGUUCGGUUCUUAUUGAUCUGUGUUCAGGGUUGUAUGGCCCGUGUAGGAUGUGAAUAGAGUCAUGUCUGUGGGGAAAUCUGUGGCCUUUGUAACAAAGUCAGUGGCUUAUGUUUUCAGUGUCAAGUGUUUUCAUGAGAAGUACAUACGAAGAAACUUCAUUGUAACUCCAUUGUCCAAAAAAAAAAAAGUGUAAGCUUUUUCCGAACAA